UGUUAGGUUGUUUUUCCUAGUGAGGUCACACUGUUGUCACAGAGAUUGUAGUUUAAGCAUUUUUGACAGCAAAAUGAACUUUGACGGAACUCCCAGGUGCUGUUAGGGAAGUUUUCCUCAACCCUGAGCUGUGCUGUUUUCUGUGGGGUCUGAGCUGAAGGGAGCAGAAAUAUGCAGCUUUGACAACUCCUGUCUCCUCUGGAGCUGAUUGAUUAGCUAAACGGCUGCUUAGCGUCUGCACACAGAACAUCUGCAGGUGCAGCAGCAAUAUGACUAAGAGAAGCCCAUCUCUUCAGCUGGUUAAAAGGAUGCUGAACCAUCACUGCAGAGGGAACCCUGAGCUCCAUGAGGAGCUGCAGAUUCAGGCUGCAGUUGCAGCGGGAGACGUGUGCACGGUCAGGAGGAUGCUGGAGCGGGGGUACUCGCCCAAGAUCCGAGACGCCAACGGGUGGACUCUGCUUCACUUCUCUGCUGCCAAAGGGAAAGAGCGAUGUGUCCGAGUUUUUCUGGAGCAUGGAGCGGACCCCACGGUAAAGGACUUUAUUGGUGGCUUCACAGCACUUCACUAUGCAGCUAUGCAUGGCAGGGCACGUAUUGCCCGACUGAUGCUCGAAUCUGAGUAUCGUGGUGACAUUAUAAAUGCUAAAAGCAAUGACGGCUGGACACCUCUCCACGUGGCAGCCCACUAUGGCCGUGAUUCAUUCGUACGCCUCCUCCUGGAGUUCAGGGCUGAGGUGGACCCACUUAGUGACAAAGGGACCACACCGCUGCAGCUGGCCAUCAUCCGCGAGCGUUCCAGCUGUGUACGGAUCCUGCUGGACCAUAGCGCCAAUAUUGACAUUCAGAACGGCUUCCUGCUGCGCUAUGCUGUCAUCAAAGGGAACCAUUCUUACUGCCGUAUGUUCCUGCAGAGGGGAGCGGACACAAACCUCGGUCGUCUUGAAGAUGGACAGACUCCCCUACAUCUGUCAGCUCUUAGGGAUGAUGUGCUGUGUGCUCAGAUGCUCUACACAUACGGGGCUAAUACCAAUACCAGGAACUACGAAGGCCAGACCCCAGUAGCUGUGUCUGUAAGCAUGUCUGGAAUUAGCCGGCCUUGUCUGGAUUUUCUGCAGGAGGUCACCAGGCAACCUCGAAGUCUCCAAGACCUGUGUCGAAUAAAAAUUCGGCACUGUAUUGGCCUUCAAAGUUUGAAAUUCUUGGAGGAUCUUCCAAUUGCAAAGGUUAUAAAAGACUAUUUAAAACAUAAGUUUGACAGUUUGUGAAGCAGUAACAAACCACGAAACGAACAGACGGUGACAGACUCUCUGUCAGACUAUGCAAGCAAGCAUUAUGAUUCUGCUCUAGAAGAAGGAUCCUCUGCUCUGUUCUGUACAUGCUAAAGAAGAUGUUUUUUCUUUAUCAAUGUUCUAUUAAGCCUUAUUUAAACUUAUUGCAGUUGCUGACAAUUUUUAGUAGACACUUUCUUAGGAGACUGAAACCUAAUUUGACUGCAUAUGGCAUUAUUACCAUAGUAAUCACAUUUAUCUUUUGUUCAUAUGUUAUCCCACUAGUGAAAGUUUUAAAGAAUUUAAGCAUGGGCAUGGGAAUUUGUUUUCUAUUCUUUUUUUACAAAAAUAUGGAAGGUAGCUUUUUUAUUACUUAACGAAGACACAGACAUAAUACACGCAGCCAAAGAGGUCAAAACUACUGACAUAAAAUCAGUUUUAAAAUCUCGCCGUGGUCCAACAGGAGUAAAAAUCCUAAUCUCGUUUAGUCUGUGGAGGAACUGCGAGUCCCUCUAACUCCAGCUCUAAGAUUGUUACAGAAGAGGAGUGAUAAUAAAAGACUAAGGAUAGAUUAAAUAAGCUUAAUAGGCAUCAAAAAAGGCUUGUAAGGCUAUGUAGUCAUUAUUAAUAAAAGGUGUGAUUGAUUCUGACAAUUUUUAUAAAGAAAAAAAUGUAGUAGCUGUUGAAGUAUGUACCAUCUUGUCUUUUCUGGGGGUUUUGUGUGUGUGUGUGUUUUUGUUUCUUAAAUCAACCCCAAUCUCAGUUAAAGGACAGUCAGUCAAAAGUUUCCUCAGAGUGAUCAUUUCGAUUGUUUUUAGUUUUUAGUUGGGGUUAUGUGGAACAGUGAUGAGUAAUUGGUAUUCUACUUGUGGUAGAUGACUUCUUUCAUGGCUAUGGCAUCGAUCGGGAGAAUUAAGUUUGGAUCAUUCCAAAAUUGCUAUGGUGGUUCAAGUGAAGACUGUUUAAUUUAUUUUUGGACUGUCUUACGUUUCUGUUGGAUACUUACUCUAGACACAUACACUUAACAAGUAGCUUUUUUUGUCUGCUUUGCCCUCAGUGUUUGAAAUUGGAAGGCCAUUGUCCACAGUCUGAGGUAAAUAACCAGACUUCUGUAAAAAUAGCAAUCUAAUGCAAAUAUGACAGAAGUUUAAAGGUUUAAACAAUACUGCUUGCAUUAUCUGUGUUAGACUGGACAUGUUUUUAAAAUGACAGAAGUCAUCUUCGCUCUGGAUCCUAUUCUCACUAGAUCACUGUAGCUCUCUAGAACAGUCUGCACAUCCUACUCAGGCAGAAUGAGUAAAAGGAGUUAUUAACUGUAGGUAUGAUACUGUGUAUAGCCUCUGCACAGAACCCCCCAUCAAACAAUUCAAAGUAUGCCUUUUAGAGUUCAAGUAAGUUAAUUUUGAACUGAAACAUUUGUCUGGCGAUGGUUUACUUUCUGGUUCAAAAUAUGUUUUAAACUUAAGACUUCCUACAUUUAAAUAUUUUGGGUGGGGUCAAACCGAAAUCUGGAUAUUAAGUUGAAGAGUUUGCUGUAAAACUGUCUGAACAAGAAUAUGAAGCCCUUAAUAGCUGAUCAUGUGGGUCAAUCUACUUGAUGCAUGUGUCUUAAAACUACUGAGCAGCAGUUUACAAAACACGAGUUACAUUCAAAAGGCUCUGACUUCACUAAGAGAACCCCGUCUGAUAUGUGAGAGGAAAUAUUUAGCUUAAAAAAACCAACAAGUGUAAGUAAAAAAAAAAAAAACUAACAAACUAAUACAGGUGUAUUUGCUGAGACAGAUUUAUUUAACUUAUUAUAAAAUACAAUAAAAAUUAGUUUAAUUUUAAGACAUUGGUGGAAGAGUGUUAUGAAUAUUUAAAAUUAUUUUUAAAUAAUGAAGAUGUUUCUUAAAGUCACAGCUUCUCAAACUAUCGCAGAACUUAUGUUCAUUUCCAUGCCAUGUAUUACAUGAAUUGGAGGUGAGUGCACUGUGGGAUCAUCAUCUUUUACUCGUCUAAAGCGUUCAUAUUUUCAGGACUACUGACACCUUUACAGCUACAGUCAGUGUAGAUAUUUUACAGUCUGUUUAUAUAAGCAAUAAUCUCUGGUGUUCCCAACAUUAAAAUUUUGGAAAGUCUUGUGACUUGUUUGGUGUGAAUUAAGUAUUUUAUGUAAGCAGCUUAAUUUAUAUUUCAUUUGAAAUAUGUUGUCUGUAAUAUACAUUUUUUGCCAGUAAAGUUCUGUGCUUUCUUCAUCCUCCCUUGCAGUAACUUGUUAUUAAGCAGUUUUUAUAUGAACGGCUAAAAUAAAACUUUCUUUUUAAUCUCA